AUGGCAGCUUUAGCUGAUAUUACGGACAAGCCGAAUCUUCGACCAACAAAACAGUUAGCCGCUGGUGGUAAAACCAUCUAUAAACAUCACAAUCCCAACAAACCAUCUACUCGUUCUUAUAUUCAUGCAUCAUGGAAUGAAACUGCUUCCUCAAGUAGUAUCCCAGGUCUCACUGAUCCAUUUAGUAUUCGAAAUCAAAACGUUCAAUACUCAUUGAACAAACGACAAAAUUGGAAUUUAUUACAACAAUUUCGAAAUGAAAUUGCUAAUGAAUCAACAUCAUCAUCGGAAAGUGAAGAAGAAGCGCAACAAAGAAUUAAGAAAAAGAAAUCGACAAGACCGCAUAAAACAAAAUAUCGUCUCUAUGAAUUUCAUAAUACAAAUUUACAAGCUAAUUGUGUAGGUAUAACUAGUAGUGGCAGCGGGAAAGAGAAAAUACAACGGCCACAAAAAACUUAUAUGCAAACAAAUGUUCCUAAUCGAUUUCGUGCUAAUAAUAGUACGAAUACGAAUACGAAUGUUAAUGCUGAAGUAACAACGAAUCAAAGACAACAGCAGCAACGCCAACAACAGGCAGCAAGAACAAACAGACAAGGUGGUGGAAAUGAAGCAGACGAAGAGGAUGAACAACAACAAUAUGAUCAAGAUGUCGAUGUGACAUAUUAUGCCUCGGUACCUCCACCAAGAGAAAAUAAACUUGCAAAUGUACGAAAAUCACACGGAAAAUCAAAAAAGACCAAAGGCAGUACACAGCGUGCUCGAUUUAACCAAAUCCAAGAAAAUAUUCAACUUGCUCAGCAUGUCGAGCAAGACAGCGAUGAACCUCCUACACCUGAAACAUCGUCUUAUCCAUCGUCAGUACCAAAACUCAUGCUUGAUAGCUUCAUUCAACCUGUCACAGCUGCUGAUGAAAAUGCGGAUAGUUUGCAAUCAUCGUCCAUCAUAAUAAAUCUAGAAACAGAACACGAUCCAAAAGCUUCGAUUAUCUACGUUCCUAACGAAAAAGAAAGACAUGAUGAACACCGCAAAGAAUUAUUGAAUUUAUCGAGAAGUCAAAAGGUCAAUAAUACAACGACGACAUCGAAAAAACUUCAGCGAACAAUAAGUCGAGAAGAAAAAUUAUACAACAGAGCCAUGAAGCAAUAUAUGAAAUCAGGUGGCGCUUUGCCGAUUAGAGAAGCUAAUGGAGACAAAGAACUGGAUUUUGAUACCCUUCCAAAUAAGAAAUCCCAUACUCAUUCAAUGGAAAUGUCAUUUCGUUCCGUGUUACUCAAUCGUUCGUCCGUUCAGUUCGAUAAUAUGAUUAACGAAUAUGGUAAAAAUUUUGUGGACGCAAAAUGCUAUCCUCUAAAAUAUCUGAUACGUAUUACGGAUCAUGUUAAACAGGCAGCUAAUCGUUUCAAAUCUCAUUGGGAAGAAUUAAUAAAAAAAUCAACAAAAAACAAGUUAAUAAAUCCAUCAUUGGACCAUUGUUUUGAUCUGUUUCCCUUAUAUUGUACAUUGGAUACUUAUCUGGUUAUCGUUUUUGAUGAUGAUGAACAAUUAUUACCCGUAACAACAACUACAACUUCUUCAUCAAGCGAAUACUUGCAUGCUCGAGUUGCAAUCAACAUUGACGUUUACAGCGACACUUUGGAAUUGGAAAAUCUCAACGAUAGUGUUCCGUAUACGGUGAAUGACUUAAUUGAGAAAGCAAUUGAUUUUGUAACGAUGCUUCCAUUCGAUACAUUCAAGCCGAUCGAUAAUGAAUUACAUCGUCGAAAAUUCAAACAAAACGUUGGAAAUGACAUGAGUGAUUCAGAAUUCGUUAAUCAUCAAAUCAAACAAAUACAAUUAAUUGACCGAAAUACGAAAAAUGCUACAACAAAGACGGAGGAGAAAUUAGAGGAGGAUUUCGUACCAGUGGAAAUAGAAGAAUAUGAAUUAGUUAAACCAUCGAUUUGUACAACGUGUUAUAGAGAUAUGGAUCAAACAGUCGAAGCAACAGCAUUGCGAGAAUGUGCACAUUGGCUGUGUAAUGAUUGUUGGAAACAAUAUUUAGAAAUGUCAGUUAAACGAGUUACAAUCUGUUUAUGUCCUGAGUGGAACUGUUCUUCGUUAGUUGAUGUUGGUAAGCAAAGUAAUCAUAUGACAUGUUCAUGUGGUGCUGAAUUUUGCUGGACAUGCUACGGCUGGUGGCGAGAACACACAAAUCCCGAAACGGGUGCAUUCAAAUGUCCACAAACCACAAGAGCAUUGCAAGAAGAAACUCUAGUUAAACAACGUAAUGAUGCAAGAAAACAUUAUUUUACAGCGAUUACACAUCGACGUGAACGACUAUAUGAAUUACAACAGAAACGUUUGGAACAUGCAAAGCGACUAAUUAGCACAAUACCGUUCGAAAAAGUGAAUGAAUUUAGUACUGACGUUAUCCAAAAACAGAUUGAUAAACGUGAAGCUUUGUUAAAACACGCUAAAGAAAUGGCAAUGUAUCUUGAUUAUUUACAUCGAAUAUGUGAAUUUGUUGCUGUUUCAGCUGAUGGAUAUGGAAAUAAUGAGCCAGCCUUCAGUUAUUCAUUAUCCAUAUUGGAAACAUGUGCGUUUAACAUGUCACAAACACUUGAAGGUGGAAAAGGAACUAAAGCUAUUGAUCAAUUAAAAGAAUUCCAUAACAAAUGUCAAAAAGAAAUUGAACGAUUGAGACGAGCGGUUGCGUUACGAGAUUUAAGAUUGAAAACUGGAUAUAUGACUGGCUGA